AUGGGUGCGUUUCCACUGAGCGCGUCAUGGCCAUGGACCUAUAAUAUAUGGACUGCGCAUUCCCCUUAUUAUACACAACGUCGCGCCUCAUUGGCUCGGCCGAUCGCGCGGCCGCGGCUCGAACCAAUUGGAGCGAGAUCCCGUCGCAGGCGCGUUAGCUCAUGGUGGUUUUCUCGCGCGUCUCUUGCCUGUUCCAGUCACUCGUGGAAAAGUGCUAGGAUCGUGUACGAUCGUGGAGUGAAUAGGGGGAGCGCGUGUGAUCAAGCGGCGCAACAUACUAACAUACUAUUCCGGUCAAGGUGGUCGUUUGAUCCAGACAAAAAUCUCCUGACAAGAAGAGGAAAGGCAGUAAUAAGAACAAGUAAACCUACAGGUUACUGCACCAGUUCACCAAAGCAGCGACAGAAAACAAGUCUUGUGUAGAGGCAAGCUAAGG